CAUCCCGUCAGAGAGGAAGUUGAGCUGAGGGCGGAGCUCCACGUGCCUUCAAGUUACCAUGACACUUAUACACAACCUAGAGAGCGUGACUGAAUGUAACAUGUCAACUAACUAAGUACACACAGUUUGGACAAAUGCAGAGGAAAAGUGAUAGUGACUGAAAUGAGAGGUUACCUCAAAACUUUAAACUGGGUAUUUAAACUCCAGUCUAAAAGAACAACUAUAGGAAAACACAAAGACUCUGAUCUCUGUCUACAGAAUGCUGGUGUGGAUGAGUGUCACGCCAUCAUUGACUGGUGUGACGUGAAUAGCUGCUAUCUUAUAAGUGACCUGAACUCUGCCCAUGGCACCUACGUCAAUGACUGCCGCAUACACAAUGCCACGGUGCGUCUCUCACCGGGAGAUAAGCUUCACUUUGGCUACGGAGGAUCAACCUAUGAGUUCACCAUUGACACGGAGGAACAGUUUCCUUUUCUGGCUGCCCGAUCUCCCACUCCCCAGGCCUGGGUACGGACUCGAACACCCUCUGUUACACCCCACCCUCCCACCAGACCUCGUCCCAUGAGCGCUGGGUCUAAACAGGGUCCAAAUACACCUGAUCGCAAGACCUAUUCUAACAGACCAGGAAGCUGGAGUGGUAACACGGGACGAAGUUGUUGCCUGAGAAACAAGACUCCACCUCACCCCUCUCAUAGCAUUUACUUUUUGCCAGUGGAGAAGGAGGAAAGGUCACAUCGGCUGUUAGAGGGAUGCGGUGCUGCGUCUGUGUGUCCUGAAGACGAGUCUCUAAAGAAGGAUGAUGUGAUUGCAGCCUUGAAGGAGGAAGUGUCGGCUCUCAAGCUUCAGCUGUGUCAGAAGAACCAGACUGAUCCAGAGGUCACAAACAGACUGCGCUGCCUGGAAAGUGACAUCAAGGAAAAGAAAGAGCAGAUACAACAGUUAAAGGACCAGAUGCUGGAGCUUCAAAGCUGGUUUGGAGAGAUGAUGGGACAGGCUGUGACAGAAAGAGACCAGAAGAUCAUCAGUCUCUCAGAACAGCUAACCAAAGUUAGAAGUGAAAAUAAAUCAUCUACAGCCUUGGUUAGCAGUUUGCAGAGAGAUCUGACUGCUCGAGAGAAACAGGCUCUUAAACUAGCUGCUGAGGUGGACAAACUCAGACAAGAUGUGAGACACAAAGAUGCCAAGCUCACAAGCACAAUGGAUAAGGUGAAAGAAGCUCAAAAGCAUAAAGAUGAGCUUCUAACCAAGCAAAAUAUGGUAGAAUCCCUUAAGAAGGAACAGGCUUCUUUGCUGACCGAAAUGGACAAACUGAAACAGCUCCAUCAGCAGACUCAACAGAGGGAACAGAGAGUCCAAGCAGAACUCAAAUAUACACAGUCAAGGUUUGACAGUUUUCGGAAGCAAAUUAUUGCGGCUGCUCACCUAAACUCUGACAAGAAAUCAGACCAAGAGGUGCUGGACUGUUUUUUAGAAAUAAUGAAAGCAAUGGAAAUGCACAAAUCCAAGCUGCACCAGUGUGAGGUGAAGCUCGAAGAGGAAACAGAUGCACUGAGAAAAACAUUGGAUGAGACACAGAAAUUUCGAGCCAGGCUAGAGGAAUGUCAGAAUCGUGUACAGGACACAUGCAUGGCAGAUAUGGUGCAGAUGGAAAUAUCUGGCCUGCAGGGCAUGAAUUUAAGUCCUGCGCUCAGCUGGGUUCAGGCGCAUUCGCUUUUUGUACUUAAUAUCCUGCAUGCGCUGAUGCAUAAAACUGCUCAGAGGCUACAGGCAGCAGGGGUUGCUGUGACAGUGGAGACUGGAGGGGUCUCAGGCGCCUUACAGAUUUUGUGCCAGAAGUACAAGGACAACCAAUCAGAACUUGGGAAUCUAAAGGCAGAAAUACAAAGCCUUCAUGAGAGAGACAUGCAGUACAGAGAUCUCCAGAGCAGAUUUGACUCUGUUCAAAAGCAGUAUGAGAUGGAGAAACUACAGGCAGCCGAGAGACAGAACGAAAUCAAAAGCACAAUUAUGCAACAACUGGAAGAGGCAAAAACUGAUCUACAUUCAGUCAGAAAAAAUGAGGAUGCCUUGCGUAGGGAGAUCGAGACAUGCAGGGCCGAGUGGCAAUCCAAGUUGGAAGAAGCCAAGGUACGAGAGGCGGAGUUGCAAGAAAAGAUAUGCGAGUUACAGCUCCGAGAGGAUGAGAUGAUUGACAGACUAAAGGAAUGUGAGGUAAAAGAAGUGAGGGCCCUUCAGAGAGGAGCUGAACAGGAGAGAGAGAUACACAGGGUUGAGGUGGAGGAGUACAGGGAGCAGGUGCGACAGCAUGCAUACACUAUCGUCGCCAUGGAGAAUCAAAUAAACAGAGCCCAGCAGAGUGAAGAUAGAUGGAGAGAGGUGGAGAUGGAGAGAAACUCACUUGAGGAACAGCUUAAAGAGGCACUUAAAAAACUUGAGGACUUUGAAAGCAACAACACACCCUACAUAACAGAAAAGGAACAGGAAUUAGAAAAGGCCAUGCAAUCUCUAAGGGCAUCUUUAGUCGCAUCCCAACAGGAAGUGACUGACCAGAGCGAGAUCAUCAAUGCCUUAAGUCGUGAUCUGGCCCAGGCUCACGCUCGCCUUUCUGACAUGACAGGCGAGCUAAGCGAACAACAGAAGAUAGAGUUAGAGACUAACAGAGCUUUAGUGGUGGACCAGAGGAUACAACUGAGCAUGCUCACACAGAAGCUCACUGCAAUGUCACAGCUGGCGGAGCAAAAAGAUGAAGAGAUAAAGAAGCUGGCAGAAAAACUGAAACAAACAGAAGAAGACCUGAGAAGAACAACAGCAUUCAUAGAGCUGGAAAACUCAAGCCUUCAGCCAACAAGAACCACUAGGGAUGUGGCACUUAUGACAGCUCCUAAUGAUUUCAUCAAUCAGAGAUCAAAACACAGAGGUCAUCGCAGAGAUGAAUUGAUACUUCAGCAGCAGGAAGGUUUGCGUGACGUAAAGGAGCGAAUCAGAGCUCUUAAAAAGAAGUGGCCCGGUACACAUCUUGCCAAGCAGGAGGUGCCAGAGAGUCAGGGUCAGAUGAAGACUCAGAGGCUUCAAAGAUCUGCGGCUCGAAGAGGAUCCAACAGCUCUGUGAACGGUUUUGUGUUUCCCGAAGCUUUAAGCGAUGCAGCGCGGGAACGUACAGCCAGACUAGACAUGUCUGAUGCUCUGGAUCUCAGUGAGAAGACAUUCCUGGAGCUAGCACGGGUGCUGCGUGAGGCUCUGGAGCUAAGCGAGGGUGAGCUGUCAGGCUGUGCAAGUUUAAAACACCUGCCCCCUGAUGAGAGACAGCACAUAGUGUCUCAGAGACAAACAGACCUGGAGUUUCUGAAAACGCACCUUGAUCUACAGAACAGCCGGAGCCAACAGCAAGACCUGCUGCUGGAGGAGAACCAGAAAGAGAUAAACACACUAAGAGAGAACCUGAUGUUGGAGCACCAGACACAGGCUGAGCUUGCGAGUAUGAAGGCAGAGCUAGAAACCCAGAGACAAGAGACUGAACGGCUUCGACAGACAUUGCAGGAUCAUAUCGACCAGCUGCAGAAAAACCAGCAGCAACACAGUGUUGCCAUCAGAAAUAAUAAGGGUUCGAGCCAGGAGAAAACGGGCAGAAAGACUGUAAGAGUGGGCCAUCACAACUGUAUACCAAAUGAAAGCUAUGAAAAGACCCCAGCGUUAAAGAAACGGACCUCACAGGGGAGGCUAAAGAAGAGAGAGAUAGAGGUAGAGAACCAGAAGAAUGAACUGGAGCAGAAAGAGAGUCAGAUCUGUCCGAUGGUCUCCGAUUUGGCCAGUCCUCUACAAACCCCAGAGAGCUCCCGACUCCUCCUGCUUGCUGAGGCUCACUGACAUGGAUAUCUGUGAUCAAACAACCAUGAAUUUAAUUACACUUGAGUACUGAGAUAACAAGUCCAGGUUGUUGAAGAAAAAGAUUUUGCCAAGAGAUUUCCUAUGGUGUAUAACAUUAUUAAACAUACCGUUAUUAUAAUUAACAAUGAUAUAAUUUAA